ACUAAAGCCUCACACUGAGAUCGUUCUGUAUUGUUUAUGCAAAAGAAACAAUAGCCAACUGAGGUUCUGAAGUGAAACUUUCAUGGAGCUCUUUGUAGUCAACGGGGGUUACCAUGUUGAGCGGAAAGGCUCGUAGUAGCGUCAACGAAAGCAAAAUAACAUCGAAAAMUAAAUUGUCGAAAAUCAGUCGAAAACACKUYCAAACCUAAAGCAAAAUUACAAUAUUAGGUCCUGUUAAAAUUAAUAAUAUGCUUUCAACUAUUUAAAUAUCGCACUAAGUUGUUUAGACUUGAAAUAGUAUUUACUUCAGAGUAUUUGCGAGAGGUAUUGAGCGUCACCAAGAGCUUGUCAAAUAUGGAUUGAGAGUCAACCAAAUGGCCAAGGAAGUACCAACUGCGCAUGGCAGGUGAUCGAUGUUAUGGGAUUAUGUAUACGCACUCUAGGCCAUCCAUUCGCAGCACCUGUCGGGGCAUACAAAUAAGGUAGCUAUUCCCACAAACUUAGCAUUUUAACCGUCACCAUCACUCGAAGAUGUAGCUAGCGAUCAGCAGACAUCAAAGACACUACGUUCAGAAAGUUAAAUCAGAAAUCAUUUGUGGUCUCAAAGGCAAUUUACGGUCUUCGAGGUCUUCUUGUUAAAGUUUAUUAUCCGACCAGUGUAAUUCACCAAGUUGUUUAUAACCUACUGUGUUCCAUAUUGAAUAUGGCCGUUUGACAGUCGCCGUCCAACAUCAAUGGAUUGGACCGUAAAACGUGUUAAGAACAGUCAGAUKUAAUAGCUGUCAAAUAGAGAGAAAACAAACACAGCGUUCAUAUAUUUCGAUCGCCUUUUCCAAUAUCGAAAUAUUUUCAAAUCUCAAAGACAAAAAAAGACAGAUGUURAUGUUCAUAGUGAUUUUUUAAAGAGGUCCCACGUAUUUAAAGACAUCAAAGAACGUCAAUCAAGAAACKUASAUUCAGCAUUGCCAAUAAUGCCGUCUACAAGUUUACCGAGUACAAUAACAGCGCUUCAACCAAAUCUWACAAAACAGCAAGGGCAAAAUUGCUCUCACUAUACUACAGUGCACCACACCUUACUAGCAUUGAUCUUUGUUACUGCUAUGCURGGAAACGGUUUUAUUUGCGUGGCCUUCGUCUUACGACGGAAACUACGAACUGUAACCAAUUAUUUCGUGGUCAAUCUUGCGGUGGCAGAUUGYCUUCUUGUGGUACUGGGUUUCAUAUGGGGUAUACUCUACAUCUCAUGCGCGGAGAGUAAUAAACUAGGYUUUCUGACAUUUCAGACAUUGGAGCUAAUUUUCAGCUCGGGUUCAGUAAUCGGUCUAGCUGUGGUAAGCUACGAUAGAUUUUAUGCGGUUAACCAUGCCCUYCACUACGGCUCUACAAUGACUCACACCCGAGCGGUCAUCGCUAUAGUUGCUGUAUGGGUGUAYUCAACUGUAACGUCGUUCAUCCGCUGGGGUGCGUUGAACCCGUCAACACAAUCAGAAUAUCUCAAAGUCUACACGGUCAUUCUGUUUGUUUUCAAUUUCUUUAUUCCAUGUAACAUCUCUAUGUACUGCUAUGUGAGAAUAUUUCUCAUAGCAAUGAUGCACCUUCGGCACGGAGCUCCCGCCAACCAGCUCUCUGACCCUCUUUCCAAGGCCUCAACAGUCCGCAAGCAGUUGAAAAUAUCCCUGAAUAUUUUUGUUCUUGCUGUUCCAUUUUUGUUCAUGUGGAACACAUACUACGGAAUCACUGUAUAUGAAGCAUUCUGCCAGGGUUGUGCGGUAGUCGAGCAGUUUUCCGCAGCCGACGACUUCUUGUCAAAUCUUCCGCUAAUCGUUGCCGCCAUCAACCCUGCGAUCUUCAUUUUCCUGACAAAGGAUCUGCGAGUGACAGCCAAUAUGUGUCUCCAUUGCAGCCAACAUAGUCGAAGAAGAGGAGAUUUCAGCCAGUCGGAAAGUUUCAUAACCAGCACCAAAUACACAACAAGCUACCAAGGCGGAAGAGCAGACCAGUCCAUAUCAAAAGUCUAAUGAGAUAUAUUUAUCUAAGAGCUUUAGAGACCAAAACCUGACAAGCAAACAAACAAACAAACAAAAAAAGGAACACUACAUCGAGGACGUAACAAAUCGUAAUCUCUGCGUGACAUUAAAUCAAAAACGAUUUUUUUCAAACAGAUUUAAUGGAAAUCUGGGUUUUAGAGCCAAAAUCUAAGUUCAAGAAUUAUUUUGCUGCAGCUCAUUAGGGGCUACAAUGUUGURCAAUAGGUGACAAAAAGAAUUGAUCUUAAGAGAUCUCUUAAGCAAGAUAUUUGCUCAAGUUAAGCCUGUAAUAGCCCAGUGAUAAAAUAACAAUGUGUACGUGGAUCACAAUGGCUUAAAAUUCGCACUUGACGAUUGGAGACCAUGUAAUAACAAUAUUGAAUGCAAUGUACAAACUAGCUGUCAGUAAAAACCAUAGUUGUAGUCAUAAAUAUCAAAAAUAACACUAGCUGACGUGGGAAUAUGUCGAAUAAAGGACGAUAAAAUCA